UCUGAUACGAAGAAGGGGAAACAGACAUAAAUGCUAUUGCUGCAAUCUGCUUCUGUUAUAUGUCAUUCUUCAAUGUUAGUGAGAACAUCUUUAGAUUAGCGAGUGAAUUAAAAGUGUGUCUUGGUCAUUUAUUCCAAGACCAGUCUAAAUAUGGCAAUGAAAAGGAUAAUUAUCUUAUUCAUUUUAUUUACACAAUCAUUAUGUGCACCCAGUGGUUGCAUAGAGAGCUGUACUACUACUUAUCGAAAAGUCAAUUCUUAUAGAACUCAUCAAGUAUCUAGUAAUCUUAAUGAUCAUGCAGAUUUGGUAACAGAUUCAAAUAUAAGAAACAUAAAUCAUUUAAAUCUUGAUUACAAUAGACCUGGUAACUGGACAGAACAAAAUGAGUAUAAAACAGAUGGUGGGCAUGGUAAAGUUUAUGAAGAGCAAGGACAAUAUGUUGAAGGUUCAAAGCGUGUAAGAUAUUUUAAAAAGAAUUAUACUUCUUCAUAUACUAAUACUCAUGUAAAUAAUCCAGAUUUAAUACAGUCAGAAAGAUUAAUCAAUCAAAAUAGAUACAAUUCUAUGCAUAAUACUGACAGUCAAAGAAUAUAUGAGCAAUCAAGAAAUUCAGAAUCAUAUAAACAAGAACAUAAUUAUAAUAAAUUACAUAAUGAUAAUUUACAACAAUCAUACAGAGGAAGAGAAAGUCAUAAUGGAAGACAUGAGAUUUUUGGAGAAUUAAGUGAUAAUUUACAAGUGAGUCAACAUGGAAUGUCUGGUGGUGAUUCAGAAUUGUUACAAGGUCAAAAUCGACAUAUUGAAAUAAGACCUGGCAAUUGGUCUCAAGUUAAUACAUAUAGAACUGAUGGAGGACAUGGACGUGUUUUUGAAGAGGAGGGACAAUAUGUUACUGGUCCAAAAACAACUCGUUAUUACCAACAAAAUUAUACUUCUCAAUAUAGUACAAGCACCAAUCCUAAACAUGAGAUUGCUUCAAAUAUACAUGAUUUGCAAAAUACAAUACAAAAAGUAAAUCAGGAAUUCAAAAAUCUGGAAACAGAAAUUCAUCGAUCAUCUCAUUCCAAACAUAUGGCAUCAAGUAACACUUUGCAUACAGGUACCAUAAAUUUAAUUCAAGAUAAUGUAACACCUAGUUAUAAAAAUAAUGAUCUACAAGUUGCUGAAAGUGCUGAUUAUAGACAUAGAGAUCUAAAUGAGUAUAUGCCUACUAUUGGAAUAAUAUAUAACGUACCUCAAAAUCAAUUGCCAAAUAGACAAACUCUUACUGCUGAGGAUGCAUUAUACAGAAAUCAAGACAAUGUAUACAAUAGAAAUAUACCAAAUAUUCAACACCAAAGAGAAGAAACAUAUAUUUCUCAAUCUCAUACAAAUGUUUUACCCAGUCAUAUUCAACCUCAAAUUAGUGAAAAUAGUAAUUAUCAAAGGCACAGGAAUAAUGAACAGAUUGGACUACAACAAAAUAUCAAUGAGGAUUAUCAAAGAGAACAUUUUGAUACACGCCAAUCACAAAUGAGACAAAAUUAUCAAUCUGUAGAUAAUGUACAACAUAGUAGAUUGAAUGAAAACAUUGCUAAUUAUCCAUAUACAAGAGACCAAAGAAUACAACAUCAACAAGGUUGGGAUGCUAUGGGACAAAGAAGUGAAAUUGUUAAUACUAAUCCAUAUGACAGAAAUCAUUAUUCUUCACAUCACAGAAGUAGGGCAUACAACAUGGAAGUUGUUCGUACAGUAGGUAAUAAUUACAAUCCAGGCUAUACAGCACAUUCACAACAAGUAGUUACUGGCACACAUGGCAUUGAUCCAGGAAUGCAAUAUGAAGAUUGUACUCAUGAAAUGGAGCAAAGUCAACAUAGAUAUAACAGAAAAUAUAAACGUAAUGCAGACUAUCAUCGACAUAGUGACAGUCAGCAACAACAGCAAUAUGGGAGAUUUCCAAAAAAUCCAAAACAUUAUCAACCAGAAAAACUGGCAUAUAGUGAUAAUGAACUUCAAUUGUUACAACAACAAAAUCAAGAUUUAACUCAACAGAGUGAAGACUUGACACAACAAACAAGUGGAUUUGAUGACUUAACACAACAAACUUCGGGACAUUUAGAAUUUGGACAACAAACACAGAAUCAUGGAUAUCCAAGUAGUCAAAAAUAUGAAGAUUUGACUCAACAAAACGAAGAUUUAACUCAACAAACAAGUGGAUUUGAUGAUUUAACACAACAGACUUCGGGACAUUUGGAAUUUGGACAACAGACACAGAAUCAUAGAUAUCCCAGUAGUUCAAAUCAAAAAUAUGAAGAUCUAACUCAACAGAGUGACGAUCUAACUCAACAAACAGGUGGAUUUGAUGAUUUAACGCAACAAACUUCGGGACAUUUAGAAUUUGGGCAACAGACACAGCAAGUACAGAAUCAUAGAAAUCGCAGUAGACAUAAUCAACGUAUCGAAGAUUUAACUCAACAGAGUGAUGAUCUAACUCAACAAACAGAUGGAUUUGAUGAUUUAACACAACAGACUUCGGGAAAUUUGGAAUUUGGACAGCAGACGCAAAAUCACAGAAAUCCGAAUAGUUUAAGUCAAAAAUAUGAAGAUUUAACUCAACAAACAGGUGGAUUUGAUGAUUUUACCCAACAAACUUCGGGACAUUUAGAAUUCGGCCAACAGACACAACAGGUACAGAAUCAUAGAAAUCGCAAUAGACAUAAUCAUCGUAUCGAAGAUUUAACUCAACAGAGUGAUGAUCUAACUCAACAAACAGGUGGAUUUGAUGAUUUAACGCAACAAACUUCAGGACAUUUAGAAUUCGGGCAACAGACACAACAGAUACAGAAUUACAGAAAUCGCAGUAGAAAUAAUCAACAUAUUGAAGAUUUAACUCAGCAGAGUGAUGAUCUAACUCAACAAACAGGUGGAUUUGAUGAUUUAACACAACAGACUUCGGGAAAUUUGGAAUUUGGACAGCAGACGCAAAAUCACAGAAAUCCGAAUAGUUUAAGUCAAAAAUAUGAAGAUUUAACUCAACAAACAGGUGGAUUUGACGAUUUAACACAACAAACUUCGGGACAUUUAGAAUUCGGCCAACAAACACAACAGGUACAGAAUCAUAGAAAUCGCAGUAGACAUAAUCAACAUAUUGGAGAUUUAACUCAACAGAGUGAUGAUCUAACUCAACAAACAGGUGGAUUUGAUGAUUUAACACAACAAACUUCAGGACAUUUAGAAUUUGGACAACAGACACAGAAUCACAGAUAUCCCAGUAGUUCAAAUAAAAAAUAUGAAGAUCUAACUCAACAGAGUGACGAUCUAACUCAACAAACAGGUGGACUUGAUGAUUUAACUCAACAAACUUCGGGACAUUUAGAAUUUGGGCAACAGACACAGCAAGUACAGAAUCAUAGAAAUCGCAGUAGACAAAAUCAACGUAUUGAAGAUCUAACUCAACAGAGUGACGAUCUAACUCAACAAACAGGUGGAUUUGAUGAUUUAACACAACAGACUUCGGGACAUUUGGAAUUUGGACAGCAGACACAGAAUCACAGAAAUCCAAAUAGUUUAAGUCAAAAGCAUGAAGAUUUAACUCAACAAACUGGUGGAUUUGAUGAUUUAACACAACAAACUUCAGGACAUUUAGAAUUUGGACAACAGACACAGAAUCACAGAUACCCCAGUAAUUCAAAUCAAAAAUAUGAAGAUUUAACUCAACAGAAUGAUGAUCUAACUCAACAAACAGGUGGAUUUGAUGAUUUAACACAACAAACUUCGGGACACUUAGAAUUUGGGCAACAGACACAACAGACACAGAAUCGCAGAAAUCGCAGUAGAGAUAAUCAACAUAUUGAAGAUUUAACUCAACAGAGUGAUGAUCUUACUCAACAAACAGGUGGAUUUGAUGAUUUAACACAACAGACUUCGGGACAUUUGGAAUUUGGACAGCAGACACAGAAUCACAGAAAUCCGAAUAGUUUAAGUCAAAAAUAUGAAGAUUUAACUCAACAAACGGGUGGAUUUGAUGAUUUAACACAACAGACUUCGGGACAUUUGGAAUUUGGACAGCAGACACAGAAUCACAGAAAUCCGAAUAGUUUAAGUCAAAAAUAUGAAGAUUUAACUCAACAAACAGGUGGAUUUGAUGAUUUUACUCAACAAACUUCGGGACAUUUAGAAUUUGGGCAACAGACACAACAGAUACAGAAUCAUAGAAAUCGCAAUAGAGAUAAUCAACAUACAGAUGAUUUAACACAACAGACCUCGGGACAUUUAGAAUUUGGUCAGCAACAUCAAAAACCAAGUAGUCAUAAUAAGCGUUUUGAAGAUUUUACUGAUUGGAGUAAUAAUCCAACUCAAACAAGUGGAUAUGAUGAUUUAAUACAACAAACUUUUGGACAUUUAGAACUUGGACAACAAUUACAUAACCAAAGAUAUUCUACCAGCCAUAAUCAGCAAUUUACAAGUGAACAAUAUUUCCAUCCAAGUGUAUCUGGAACUGGAGAACAAUCAGAUCUGAAUGAAAAUAAACCUUUACAUUUACUGACACCAGCACCAAAACCGAAAUGGAAACCAAGAUAUACAACUUCUUAUCAAUUCACAACUGAUAACAAUAAAGAAUCAAAUGUACAUAUUCAUCAUUCAAGUGAUGUUGCUGAUACAACUAUUUCAUAUCAAGUAUCAAAUGAUUCAAAAUCUAAUCAAGAAAUUGAAAGAAAUAAUGAGUUUAACUCUGGAAAUCUUCAAUCUUCAAAUCAGCAAGAAGUCUCAAAUCAGGCAAAUAUCCAAACAGUCGAUAAAGAUGGAAGUCAGCAACAUCAACAACAAAAUUUCCACAAAAGAAUUGGGUUCACUAAAGGCGGACAUAGAUUUAGACAUAUUUAUAGACAAUCAACACAAAAUGAAUAUCAAAAUAAUUAUGGUGAAUCUCAAUCUCAAUUAAAUCAAAAUCCUAAUCGAGAAGAAAUGUAUAAGAAAGAAAAUCAAAACAAUAAUCAAGAAAAUGUCCCUUCUCAAAACAAUAAUCCAGGUGGUAAAAUAGAACCACGUAUUUUAGCAGCAUAUGGUGGUGGUCCAUAUGAUGCUAAUCAUAGUGAUGAUAUUUUUAAUCAUGUAACACAAAAUCCUAGUGCUACGUUACCUCCUUAUUCAGAUGGUGUAGAUUCAUGGGAUAUUAGAGAGAAACCAAGAGAAGUAAUUCCUCUGUCUACUACGACAACAGUAAUACCAGAAAUACCAGAAACACCAGAAAUAACAGAAACAGUUGAUACCGAAACUCCACCAACAUUCUGGACAAGACUUGGUCAUAAAUUUACAACUACUUUUGAUAAAGCAAAAGAAAAAGCUAAAGAUCUGUUCGGUUAAAUAUAAUUUUUUAAUUUAAUUCAUUUUUAAUCUAUAUUCUAUAAGGAAUUAUAAUAUAUAUGUUUUAUUUACCAUAGAUAAUAUAUUCAAUUUGUAUAUAAGCUCAAAUAAUAUCAAUAUUCAAUUUAUGAUAUUAUAAUCUAAAGCAUUUUCACAAAUUAAUCAUAUAAUUUAGUAUUAUAAAACUAUAAAGCAUAAUGUAUUAAGAUAAAUAUAAAAUUAUGAUGCAGAUUGAUUUUUUGUAAUUUUAUAAUUAUAAGUAAAUACGUUAUCAUUUCACAAUGGUAUCAUAAACUUUUAAAACAAAAUAAAUAUUAAUAUUACAUA